AUGUUUAGGCUGUGAUGUAAUGUAGAGGCUGAUAAUAUGAAAUCUGUAAUAUAAUGUGGAGGCCGGUAAUGUAACAUGGAGACUGUAAUGUAGAGGCCGGUAAUUAUGAAAGCUGGAAAUGUAACAUGGAGGCUGUAAUCUAAUGUGUAGGCUGGUAAUAUAGAGGCUGUAAUAUGAUGUGGAGGCUAUAAUGUAAUGUAGAGGCUGAAAAUAUGAAGGCUGCAAUAUAAUGCUGAGGUUGAUAAUAUAAAAUGGAGGCUGAAAUGUAAUAUAGAAGCUGCAAUGUAAUGUGGAGGCUGGUAGUAUGGAGGCUGUAAUGUACUGUGGAGGCUGUAAUGUACUGUGGAGGCUGGUAGUAUGAAGGCUGAAAUGUAAUGUAGAGGCUUAUAAUAUGGAGGCUGUGAUGAAAUGUGGAGGCUGAAAAUAUGGAGACUGUAAUGUAGAGGCCGGUAAUAGGGAGCAGUAAUAUAAUGUGGAGGCGGGUAAUGUAAUAUUGAGGCUGUAAUGUAAUGCAGAGGCCGGUAAUAUGAAGGAUGUAAUAUAAUGUGGAGGCUGUAAUAUAAUAUGGAGGCUGUUAUAUAUUGUGGAGGCUGGUAAUGUAAUAUGAAGGCUGUAAUGUAAUGUAGAGGCCGGUAAUGUUAUGACUGUUAAUAUAAUAUGGAGGCUGUAAUAUAAUAUAGAUACUUUAAUAUAAUGCGGAGGCUAUAAUGUGCAGGCCGGUAAUGUUAUAUGGAGGCUGUAAUAUAAUUUGGAGUCUGUAAUGUAAUGUGGAGGCUGUAAUGUAAUGCAGAGGCUGGUAGUAUGGAGGCUGUAAUAUAAUGUGGAGGCUAUAAUGUUGAGGUUGAUAAUAUAUUAUAGAGGCUUUAAUCUUUAAUAUAAUGUAAUUUACAGGCUGGUAAUACGGGGGCUGGAAAAUGAAAACCACCAGCACUUCUGAGCUCAGCCAAUCAGAGCGGGAGGGCGGGGCCUGGAGUUCAGGAACAGUCCCGCCCCCAGCCUCUCCGUGCAGUUCUCCUCCAGGUCCGCCCAUGCUCCAUAUAAAGGAGGGCUCUGGGCUGAGCAGUCACUGCUUUCUGCUCACACCUAGAAGAUGUCUGGUCGCGGUAAAGGAGGGAAAGGGCUCGGGAAAGGCGGCGCCAAGCGGCACAGGAAGGUGCUCCGCGAUAACAUCCAGGGCAUCACCAAGCCUGCCAUCCGCCGUCUAGCUCGCAGGGGAGGCGUCAAGCGCAUCUCCGGCCUCAUCUAUGAGGAGACCCGCGGGGUGCUGAAAGUCUUCCUGGAGAACGUCAUCCGGGACGCCGUCACCUACACCGAGCACGCCAAGAGGAAGACCGUCACCGCCAUGGACGUGGUCUACGCGCUCAAGCGCCAGGGCCGCACUCUCUACGGCUUCGGGGGUUAAUGCUGCCUCCGUCCUCACAGCACAAAGGCUCUUCUCAGAGCCGCCCACAUCUUCCCGGGGAGAAGCUACAAUUCCUUCUGCGCUCAGCCACUGAGGGGUUAACACCGCCCGCACAUCAGGGGGCGGAGAGCCGGACAAUUGGCCGAGAUCAGCGGCGCCCUGUGCUCAGUACAGCCAGAGGUCUACAAUACAGAAAGCCCCAGUAAUGUAAAUCCCGAGCCCCGGGUGUUCUCCACCGCUCCUGUCCCCGCAGCCACAAGACGAGCUGUGCUCGGAGACUGAGGGGUUAAUCCGAGCUGCAGAGACAAUGACGCCAAUGAGCGGCGCUGAUACAGGUCACAUGACCGGCUCCUCCUGUAGAUUAGCAGCUCGGCGGGAAAUUCAAAUGAGCGACGAGAUGCUGAACACUCCCAGCAAAUAGGAGCAGAGCUCUGGAGCCCCUCAGCCGUUAUGUGCCCGUAGGAGCGGAGCCUCGUCCUCCACUGAGCGGCAGCAGAGCUCAGCCUCCCCUCAGGGAGGAUGAUAGGAGUAGUGAACGGACAUGGAGCAGGAUGAGGGGAGCUUGU